AUGGAGAAUGAUAUGGCUGAGCUCUUCGAAACUAAUUCAAGCGACUCUGACUCUGAACCAGAGUACAAAUACAUCGAUGUAAAUGGUUUUCAUCUUCGUCAAAUGGGGAAACAUCAUUCAUUAUGGGGUGAACUCGUUUGGAUUACAGGACGCAUUGCAAGCAAACAUAUACUUGCUAAAGACAAUGAAUUUAAUGUCGAAGGCAAAACAGUUGUUGAAUUUGGUUCAGGAGUUGGAUUAUGCGCAGUUUCUGCAGCUGUUAGCGGGGCUAAAAACGUUGUUGCUACUGAUUACAAUGAACGUGUUAUACUUGAAACAUUAGAAUACAACACAAAAAAUUAUCCAAAUAUCAAAGUUGUUGGACACAGUUGGGGUAACGAUGUUACACCAGUUCUAGAGGCAAAUAAUGGAGAAAAAUUCGAUAUUGCAAUACUCUGUGACUUAGUUUUUAAUCAUUCUGGUCACAAACCAUUGUUAAAAUCUCUUAAAGCAUGCCUCAAACCAGAUGGUAAGGCGCUUGUAGCUCAUAGCCAUCAUGUUCCCCAUUUAGCUCAAAAUGAUUUAAACUUUUUCCAGUUGGCCGAGGAAAAGUUUGGAUUUAAAGUCGAAAUCAUAGGUAUUGAGAAACAUCCACCAAUGUUCCCUAAUGAUACAGGCGAUAUUGAAUUAAGAACCCAUUGUUAUUUGAAAUUAAUGACAUUCAAAUAA